AUGUCGUCCUCUGAGACCAGUUUCCAAGAGAUCGGUCGCCCGUUGAGUGGCGUCGGGAUUGUGUCCACCGAAGGAGAGAAACUGCUGAACGCCUUAAGAAAAAUACAGACAAAACUGCACCAAAAACACCACCCGAUGGCCGAUAAGACACUCAACAGUCACCACAAACUGAUCCCCAAUAAGCCAACGCUCGCCACGACCAGCGCGUACUGUGCCAACUGUGCCGCCACUGAUGCCAUGGAUGGUGACCACCGCGGAGGUGGUGGUGAUGAGCGGCACGUCCUCCGCAGUCACACCUAUGCAUGCGUUCACCACAAGACGUGCGACGAGAAUAGCGGCGAAUCACUGGACGCGCGGUUGAAGUUAAUUGAGUUACAGUUGAAGACUAUAUCCAUGCAAUUGGGGACCAGUAGUGGUGAUGAGGGAACACACGUGCGCCUCAACGCCAGUAAAAUCGGUGGACAGCCUUUGGCCACAAGUAAUGGACACAAGAGGUCGACAACGGGAACGGCGCCAACCAAUGGUACGAAUGAGAGACUAAACGGCGGUAGUGUUGGCGACAAUCUGGACAGACAUUCAGGUGAUGACAGAUUCGAGUCAUCCAUUCACGCCAUCAGAGACAUGAUGUCGGGGACGACACACGCGAUGCCAAAGUCCCGCUCAUUGGACGCCAUUAACCACAAGUCAUGGGCAGCCGGCGCCCACUACAAGCCAUCCAAACACUUUCACCUCCAGUAUAAAGACAUACCUUUUCUAUUGGGAACGACCUCAAACAGUCAUUCAGUGAUAGCCAGCCGACAGUUGGAGAUAUCGCGGCUUAAACAGCACAACCAGUUGUGUAGUCAUCGCAACCACAACAUACCGGUGCGCAAGAUAUUCGACGAACGCAUUCGACAGCAGGUGUUGGACACAGAGAUCAAAGAACUGCUCUUUGAUUUGCACGAAGAACACGACUAUAUCUGCGAAGAAAUCCAAUACUUAAGCAAACAAUUGGAGCAAAUGGGCGACGAGUCGGGACGGGUAACACUGGACCGGGAGCUGUAUUUCCUGUCGCGACGUAUUUCAGCCAAAAAACGCCAAAUCAAUGAAUUACAGGAAAUGCAUUCACUUCUCAGGAGGAAUGCCGUACAGAGUACCAGCCCAUCAGUCGAUCGCACAAAACAAUACGGCCUCAUUCUUGAAGCACCGGUAGCCCAGAGUAUCGGUUAUAUAAUUACCGGUGCCAUGAGAUGUAAUCCCGAUCUGAACGGCCCGGCCAUCUAUUAUCUGAAACAGAGGACCUCCGGAAUCGCCCUUUAA